AUGGUGUGUAUCUCUGCUCUGCUCCCCGAUGCCAAUGGCCCACAUGGGAGACCCCUCAUCCCGAAGAGCAACAGAGCCCUGCUGCAUGGAACAGAGUUAGAUAGUGAUGACGAGGGGGGAGAUGAUGUAACCGUCCACAGCUUGCUGACAGACAAUGACCAACGACCACAGUCUAGAGUCUAGAUAUCAAAUCAAAAAAUCAAAUCAGAUUUUAUUGGUCACAUGCGCCGAAUACAACAGGUGUAGACUUUACCGUGAAAUGCUUACUUACGAGCCCAUUUCCAAAAAUGCAGAGUUAAAAAGUAAGACAAAUAUUUGCUAAAAAGAACAAGGAAAUAGUAACACAACAAAAUAACAGGCUAUAUACAAGGAGUAACAGUACCGAGUCAAUGUGCAGGGGUAAGAGGUAGUUGAGGUAAUUGCGAUAAUACGUUGUCGUGCCCUCUUCACGACUGUGUUGGUGUGUUUGGACCAUAAUAGGUCCUUAGUGAUGUGGACACAGAGGAACUUGGAGCUCUAGACCUGCUCCCCUACAGCCUCGUCGAUGUGAAUUGUGGCUUGUUCGACCCUCCGUUUCCUGUAGUCCACAAUAAGCUCCUUCGUCUUGCCCACGUUGAGGGAGAGAUUGUUGUCCUGAGACCACACUGCCAGGUCUCUAACCUCCUCCUUAUAGGCUGUUUCAUCGUCGUCGACCACCGUCGUGUCGUCGGCAAAUUUAAUGAUGGUGUUGGAGUCGUGCAUGGCCACGCAGUCGUGGUGAACAGGGAAUACAGGAGGGGACUGAGCACGCACCCCUGAUGGGCCCCCGUGUUGAGGGUCAGCGUGGCAGAUGUGUUGUUGCCUACCCUCACCACCUGUGCAGAGGGAAGUGUUCAGUCCCAGGCUCCUUAGCUUAGUGAUGAGCUUGAAGGGCACUAUGGUAUUGAACGCUAAGCUAUAUUCAAUGAACAGCAAUCUCACGUAGGUGUUCAUUUUGUCCAGGUGGGAAAGGGCAGUGUGGAGAGCAAUAGAGAUUGCGUCAUCUGUGGAUCUGCUGGAGCGGUAUGCGAAUUGGAGUGGGUCUAGGGUUUCUGGGAUGAUGGUGUUGAUGUGAGCCAUGACCAGCCUUUCAAAGCAUUUUAUGGCUACAGAUGUGAGUGCACAGGGAAUAUGGUGGUUUGCUUGAAACAUGUAGGUAUUACAGACUGGGUCAGGGAGAGGUUGAAUAGGUCAGUGAAGACACUUGCCAGCUGGUCAGCGUAUGCUCUGAGUAUGCAUCCUGGUAAUCCGUCUGGCCCCGGGCCUUUUGAACGUUAACCUGUUUAAAGGUCUUACUUACAUCGCUACAGAGAGAGUGAUCAUACAGUCAUCUGGAACUGCUGGUGCUCUCACACAUGGUUCAAUGUUGCUUGCCUUGAAGAAAGCAUAGAAGGCAUACUAAGGCAUUUAGCUUGUCUGGUAGGCUCGCGUCAGUGGGCAGCUCUCGGCUGGGUUUCCCUUUGUAAUCCGUGAUAGUUUGCAAGCCCUGCCACAUCCGAUGAGCGUCAGAGUCGGUGUAGUAUGAUUCGAUCUUAGUCCUGUAUUGACGCUUUGCCUGUUUGAUGGUUCAUCGGAAAGCAUAGCAGGAUUUUUUAUAAGCGUCCGGAUUAGUGUCCCGCUCCUUGAAAGCGGCAGCUCUAGCCUUUAGCUCAGUGCGGAUGUUGCCUGUAAUCCAUGGCUUCUGGUUGGGGUAUGUACGUACGGUCACUGUGGGGACGACGUCAUUGAUGCACUUAUUAAUGAAGCCAGUGACUGAUGUGGUAAAUUCCUCAAUGCCAUCGGAUGAAUCCCGUUAACAUAUUCCAGUCUGUGCUAGCGAAACAGUCCUGUAUCUUAGCAUCCGCUUCAUCAGACCACUUCCGUAUUGAGCAUGUCACUGGUACUUCCUGUUUGAGUUUUUGCUUGUAAGCAGGAAUCAGGAGGAUAGAGUUAUGGUCAGUCGAGGGAGAGCUUUGUAUGCGUCUCUGUGUGUGGAGUAAAGGUGAUCUAGAGUUUUUUCCCCUCUAGUUGCACAGGUGGUAGAAAUGAGGUAAAAUGGAUUUCAGUUUUCCUGCAUUAAAAUCACCGACCACCAGGAGCGCCGCUUCAGAUAAGCAUUUUCUUGUUUGCUUAUGGCCCUAUACAGCUCGUUGAGUGUGGAUGGAGACGGUGUCCGACUAUAUUACACUGUGUGAGGUGCUAUAUGGUCCAAUUACACAGGGUACACAACUCCUCCAAGCCUGAUGGCUGAUGGUCUUGUUCAGUUCAUCCCAGCCAUCAUAAAGUUUAUCAAGGGAAAGGAUUAAAAACAGUGACUAUGGGAGUGUAUAAAACCUUUGUAGUUUUACUCCUUACUCUGGGUUAGAGGAGGACUUUUUUCAUUUGAUUAGACUUUGAAUUGCACAUCUGACUGGUCGACUGCUGUGAAUAUGGAAACUGUUGCUCUUAGAAUAGAUUCCAGCUUCUUCUUUGAAGUUGUUGGUUGGGCCUCGCUGCACAUCUGUCUCACGCAGCCAGUAGACUCGGUCCUAGGGACCCCAAGGGGUGCACGUUUUGUUUUUUGACCGUAGCACUACACAGCUGACUCAAAUAAUCUUUAAGCUUUGAUCAUUUGAAUCAACUCUGUAGUGUUAGAGCAAAAACCUAAACGUGCAACCCUUGGGGUCCCCAGGACCGAGUUUGGGAAUCACUACAGUAGAGGAAGAGACAUAGAAACCACAAAUGGAGAACCAGUGAUACGUUACUUUAUCGUGACAUGUAUACAACAAACAGUGACCAAGUUUGGAGAAGUCAGGUGGUCAAUCAUUCUCAAACGUCAUGCAACCCAAUGCAGACUGAGUAGUUAUGAGUGAGAUUUCAUUUUAAAAAAUGUACACUGACAUGAAUCUGUAAGACAGUUGAUAGUGAAGUUCCCCUAAAACAGGAUGAUUGAUGUAAAAAGGGUUUGCUUGUCUUUGGAAACCUUCCCGAACCAAGCCCUGAUGGUAUUUCACUUAACAACAGGAGACAGAGAGGCAUGUUUUCACAAGGGCUCUUCAUUCUACAUGGACAGUUUACUGGAGAGAUUUAAGAUCUACAAUUGAUUUAUAGAGUUAUUUUUUAGGACAAUCAUUCCCGCACAUACACACUUACAGAGCUAGAAGAAAACCUGGACUUGGAUUAUGACUGCUUAUGAUGAAUGUUCGUUUUGUCACUGGGUGCAUGGGCUGUUUUGGGAUUUAUGAGUUUAGAAUGUUAUAGCCUUCAACAUUCUUUAUUUAUUUGUUUUCUGCAGAAAACAUUGUUCUUGUGAGUUCUUAUGAGGUCUUGAUAACUAAACAAUCUACCUUGAUGUACAGUGGGCCAACUGUAUGAAGAAUAUCUGACUAUAGACAGGGUCAGGAGAAUCCAAGGAAAGACAUGUGAUGAAAUGUCCUUUACAAGGUGGUAGAUACAGCGCAUUCUGAAAGUAUUCAGACCUCUUCCUUUUUCCACAUUUUGUUACGUUACAGCCUUAUUCUAAAAUUGAUUAAAUAAAAAAAUGUUCCUCAUCAAUCUACACACAAUACCCCAUAAUGACAAAAACCAUCAUGCCACCAUCAUGCUUCACUGUGGCGAUGGUGUUCUCGGGGUGAUGAGAGGUGUUGGGUUUGCGCCAGACAUAGCGUUUUCCUUGAUGGCCAAAAAGCUCAAUUUUAGUCUCAUCUGACCAGAGUACCUUCUUCCAUAUGUUUGGGGAGUCUCCCACAUGCCUUUUGGCGAACACCAAACGUGUUUGCUUAUUUUUUCUUGAAGCAAUGACUUUUUUCUGGCCACUCUUCCGUAAAGCCCAGCUCUGUGGAGUGUACGGCUUAAAGUGGUCCUAUGGACAGAUACUCCAAUCUCCGCUGUGGAGCUUUGCAGCUCCUUCAGGGUUAUCUUUGGUCUUUUUGUUGCCUCUCUGAUGAAUGCCCUCCUUGCCUGGUCCGUGAGUUUUGGUGGGCAGCCCUCUCUUGGCAGGUUUGUUGUGGUGCCAUAUUCUUUCAAUUUUUUUAUAAUGGAUUUAAUGGUGCUCCGUGGGAAGUUCAAAGUUUCUGAUAUUUUUUUAUGACCCAACCGAUCUGUACUUCUCCACAACUUUGUCCCUGACCUGUUUGGAGAGGUCCUUGGUCUUCAUGGUGCCGCUUGCUUGGUGGUGCCCCUUGCUUAGUGGUGUUGCAGAGUCUGGGGCCUUUCAGAUCAUGUGACACUUAGAUUGCACACAGGUGGACUUUAUUUAACUAAUUAUGUGACUUCUGAAGGUAAUUGGUUGCACCAGAUCUUAUUUAGGGGCUUCUUAGCAAAAAGGGUGAAUACAUAUGCACGCACCACUUUUCCGUUAUUUAUUUUUUUGAAUUUUUUGAAACAAGUUAUUUUUUUCAUUUCACUUCACCAAUUUGGACUAUUUUGUGUAUGUUCAUUACAUGAAAUCCAAAUAAAAAUCAAUUUAAAUUACAGGUUGUAAUGCAACAAAAUAGGAAAAACGCCAAGGGGGAUGAAUACUUUUGCAAGGUACUGUAUUUCCAUAGAAACUCAUAAUACAAAGAUCUCAUUGCUAAACCGAACCCCCUUUAAACCUCUCAAGCCCUCAGAUGUUUGACUUUAUUAAAGGCUUAAUGUGAAAGAAAGGACAGGUUUCCUUGAGACGUCACAUGUCUGUUUGUCUCUGAGUCCAGUCAAAUACAAUGAAGAGGCUGGACAAUUUAACUGAAACCCACUGGAGACAAACUGGUUGAAUCAACGUUGUUUCAAUGUAAUUUGUCAACUUAUUGUGAUGUGGAAUCUACGUUUAAAAUACAUUGGAUUUACAAAAAGUCAUCUGUUGUUUUGAGAUUGAAAUUUCAACCACAGGAUUAAGUCACCAUGGUAACCCAUUUUUGACAACCAAACACAUCACUUUUGCGAUACAGUAAAUAGCCUAUUAACUUGUCGACAAGUUAACAAUACUCUAUGCUGGAUUCACUUCUCUAACUUAACCAAAAAUAAAAGUUAAAGAAUAGGAUUAAGCCAGUGGCUCAGAUGAAACUAUCCAAGCAUUAAAUUAUUUAAAUGUUGAUAUUUGGUUGCGUUGUCAACCAAACACAAUUCAAUAAACCUUUUGUAAUAAAAUAAAUAGCCUAAAGUUACAAACUAAUGUAACAGUAGUUGUUCAACCUUAAAAUUAUUAACACAUCCAUGGCCACAUUUUGAGGUUAGCCUACUGUAACUAUAAAUGUCUUAUGUAAUCAUAGAAAGCCUGCAUGUUCACGAUAGCAAAGGUCGCAGGUCUGUGGAGAUCUUCACAAUUUCUGUAAUAAUCUGCGCAGAAUCUUGAACAGCAUUGAUCACUUGCACUAUGUACUGUUAAUGUGAUCUCAACUGCAAUCCAGGUCAUUUGGUUGUGAUAUUAGAUGAAGCACAGUGAUAACACAUUAAGUUAUUUAUUGUAUUAUACAAAAUAUCUGACUAUAUUGUAUCCCCAUUUGAACUUUCUUGUGCUUUUAAAUGGUUGAAAGCACAGUGAUAACACAUUUAGUUGAUAACUAAACCAAAAAUCAGACAUUGUUUUUCCAUUGGAAUUUGGUUGUGCUUUUAGAUGGUUGAAAGCAUAGUGAUAACACAUUGGGAAUUCAACAAACAUCUGGCUGUCUUUUUGAGUGGGUGAAUAAAGGAUGAAAUCUCAUUGAUCAACAUCCGAACCAAAUAUUACCCAAAUUUCCAAGUUGAAAUGACGUGGUGUGCCCAGUGGGAAUUGAUCACAAAAGACUGGAACAGAUGAAUAGAUCAUAACAAAACUGUACAUAAAUGACACAGGGAUACUAAACAAAGGGCAGAUGGCUCAUGACUGUGUCUGUGGUGAUUAAAGCCAGGUGGCAUUUCAGUUUUUCAAACAUGGACCCUCUCGAUUUGUCACUAUAAAACUAUGCCCUAUGGUUUGUAAUAUGCAUUGAUAUUUCCCUUUGUUUUACUAUGUACUCAUAAUAAGUAGAUAAGCAUUACUUUACAUGCAUUCAAGAGCCCUUUCUGGCAUCAAUAUCAAAGUUAUUUAUUUGCAGAAGCUGAGAUUCACAUCUCAGUCCACAUGCUUCAUACACAUCAACAGGCUGUAUAUUAUAAAACUGGAAUCAAAGUGGGAAUUUUCAUGCCAGGGAAAGAUGACACUGAGGGAUGUAGACAGAGCUUAUAAGACAAAUUGAAUCAUAGACUAGACACUAGGGUAUAAACUCUGUAACCACCUCACUGUCAUGAUGACCAAAUAAAGGUUGGCCGGUCUGGAUGAAUCUCAAACAUAGUCAACCAGCUGGCCGGCCAAACAUACACACAUUCUAACCUAUAGCUGUGUUUACUCUAUACACAUCCAUAUCACUGUGCAUGUGCACACACACACAUUCUCGCUUGCUGGUUCUUUCUCUCUCUUAACUGUGGCUACACAUUGCGCAUGUUUAACUAAACUCCAUAGAACACCCUGCUCAUUGUUUCUGGCAAGGCCCUCAGCACGUGCCCCAACCCCCCUACAUAUGUCCACACCAACCUGGACUCAGCGAUAGACGUAACAUACAAAAAUAAAAUCUGGGCCACUCCAAUUAGUAUGAUAUUAAUUUGUGGAUGUCCAUCAUCCAUUUUGUAUAUUAUGUUACGAAUUGCAAUUCGUACAAUAUGUUACGAAUUUGCGAAACGUAUAAUAUGUUACGAAUUCCAAUUUGUUGUGGCUAAUGCUAAUGUUAGUUAGGUGGCUAACGUUAGCUGGGUUAGGGGUUAAGGUUUGAGUUAAGGGAAGGCUUAGCUAACAUGCUAAGUAGUUACAAAGACUUUUGCGUUAUAGGCCCACCCAUCAACCCCGACCAACCACCCUACCUUCGUUUUUGCCUUAAGUAACCUUCUGUCUUAAUUAACCACACCAAACGUAACAUACACUACAUAACCAAAAGUAUGUGGACACCUGCUUGUCGAACAGCUCAUUCCAAAAUCAUGGGCAUUAAUAUGAAGUUGGUCCCCCCUUUGCUGCUAUAACAGCAUCCAUUCUUCUGGGAAGGCUUUCCACUAGAUGUUGGAACAUUGCUGCAGGGACUUGCUUCCAUUCAGACACAAGAGCAUUAGUGAGGUCGGGGACUGAUGUUGAGCGAUUAGGUAUGGGCUCCGUGCAGGCGAGUCAAGUUCUUCCACACCGAUCUCGACAAACUAUUUCUGUAUGGACCUCACUUUGUGCACGGGGGCAUUGUCAUGCUGAAACAGGAAAGGGCAUUCCCAUUGUUGCCACAAAAUUGGAAGCACAGAAUCGUCUAGAAUGUCAUUGUAUGCUGUAGCAUUAAGAUUUCCCUUCACUGGAACAAAGGGGCCUAGCCCGAACCAUGAAAAACAGCCCCAGACCAUUAUUCCUUCUCCACCUAACUUUACAGUUGGCACUAUGCAUUCAGGCAGGUAGCGUCUUCUUCUUCCACCAAACCCGGAUUCUCCUGUCGGACUGCCAGAUGGUGAAGCGUGAUUCAUCACUCCAGAGAACGCGUUUUCACUGCUCCACAGUCCAAUGGCAGCGAGCUUUACACCACUCCAGCCUACGCUUGGCAUUGCGCAUGGUGAUCUUAGGCUUGUGUGUGGCUACUCGGCCAUGGAAACCCAUUUCAUGAAGCUCCCGACGAACAGUUAUUGUGCUGACGUUGCUUCCAGAGGCAGUUUGGAACUCGGUAGUGUGUGUUGCAACUGAGGACAGACAAUUUGUACACGCUACGCGCUUCAGCAUUCGGCGGUCCCGUUCUGUGAGCUUGUGUGGCAUACCACUUCACGGCUGAGCCGUUGUUGCUCCUAGACUUUUCCACUUCACAAUAACAGCACUUACAGUUGACCGGGGCAGCUCUAGCAGGGCAGAAAUGUGACGAACUGACUUGUUGGAAAGGUGGCAUCCUAUGAUGGUGCCACGUUGAAAGUCACUGAGCUCUUCAGUAAGGCCAUUCUACAGAAAUGUUUUGUCUAUGGAGAUUGCAUGGCUGUGUGCUCGAUUUUAUACACCUGUCAGCAAAAAGCGUGGCUGAAAUAGCCGAAUCCACUAAUUUGAAGGGGUGUCCACAUACCUUUGUACAUAUAAUGUAUCAUACUAAUUUGAGUGUCCCGGAUUUGCAUUUACUAUGUUACGUCUAGUCUAUGAGACCAGGGUGUCCACACAGGAAACAUUAACCCCUUCCUGUGAGAGACGAUCAAACUGUGGAGCUGCAUGUCUGUUAACGUGGCUGGUCUGCUGUAAGUCACCUGGGUGUCAGAGGGACAGUGUGGGCCCAAAAAAACCUUUAGCCAUAACUAUAACCUCUUGAGAGUUUCACUCUAGCUAGUGUGGGAGAUGUGUAUAUCUAGGAGUGAGGAAAGUGUGUGAGAGGGUAAGUGCAAGUGAAUUCAGCAAUCUGAAAGGCCUUGAUAGAGUUCUUGUUUAGGAGGCCCAAAAUGUUUUAAGAGGGCUAAGUACAUGUAAGAAGACAGAGGGAGUAAGCCAAGCGACAAACAAAUCAUCCAAUAAAAUGUCUGCAGUUAGUUGAGUCUCUGUCUAUUCCCCUGAACGCUUAUUUUUUCCACUCACUCUGAGCUCCAGCCAGUUUGCUGCAGUCUUGUUGACUCUGGCCUUGAGCAUCUAGAUAUGGGACAGGAGAGCCAAGCCCCCUGCCCCCACAUCACAUUAGACUACUGCCUAACAAGAACAAUCUGUGUGGAGCCCAGGAGCCCAGUCAUUUUCUGGGAAGCAAGGCAGCCAGAGAGGGAGGAGGGGAGUAAAGGAAAAGAGAGGGGGAAGGAGGGAUGUGUCCUAAUGGCAAAAAACUUUACGCUUUUUUUCUUUGUGUGCCGGUCAGAGAAACGUCCAGUCUAAAAUCUGAAACUGUAGAAGUUACUUGUUGGAGGAGUUGAGGCAGGCACGUUUUCCCUCUUGUCUCUCAGUUCAUUUUUCCAACCAUUUUCCUCUCUCAAGCAUCCACAGUUCCAGAGGAGCCUUUUCUGUGUGACCACUUCUGUAGGCAGUGAGUAGAGCCACUUUUAUUCUACAUUUUACCACAUAGGGUUAGAAACAGAUUAAAUACUAGCUAAUAACAUUCUUAUCAAAUAUGAGUUAACUUUAGUGGUCAGUUAUGACCUCACAUGACCAUUGCAGUGCAGUUUAGCUACCAUGACAGCAUCAUUACAUGUCUCCAGGCAAGCAGCCCGCCAGCAGGGAAUCAGGCUAGUUCAAUAGAGAGUUCACCAACAUGAUGUUCUCUGAGACCAAUGGGUUUCCCAUAUUUGCAUGAGAUAUUGUGCAGAUAAAUGUGUGGUGAAUAAAGCUUUUAUUUUUGAAAGAAGGUAUACUUUGAAGUGGGACUAAGUCUUGAAUUAUUCAAUCGUUUGAAAAUGUUUCUUUGUCAUUAUUUUCCACACAAAGGCAGUGCUAACUGUAUGACUGUUGAAAAAUGUCUGAUCAUCUCCAUGCAUCUCAAUCAAAUGGUAUCUUGAACACUUCAAUAGGGACUAAUACAUCUGUAUCCUUUGUGUGUUUUCGCAUCUCUGCAUGUGUAUGUGUAGGUGUGUGAAAGUAUACAUUGAGGGUGAAUGGGCGAUAAAUUGUAGAUGCACUCCCAUCCCCCCUUUCCUGAUGAGUGCAAUGCCUCAUGUGGCCCAGCUUGCACACAGAUGGAGUGGGAAAAGGGGGUGAAGGAGGGGGUCGGUUGGUUUACACGGACCAGGCCAGCAGUCUACUCCAGGGCUACAUUCAGCAGAGCACAACUGUGGAACAUUCAGAUAGAAAUAUACUGUGUAGAAAAGACAUGCCUCUGACAUAUUGAGUAAGAAAUCAUGACAGCUCUAUUCAUUACAUUUCCAUCGGCAAUAAACAGUUGGUUUUUCUCAGUCAUUGUGAAAGUAAGAGUCGGUUCUUCUUGUUAUUGCUAGGGUAACGUGGGGUAACUAGCCCCCCCCCCUAAGAACAAUAUCCAAUUGCUGACACAAAAACACAAAGUUUGGUAAAGAUGUGGUAUGUUGAUGAUGGUCAUACUUAGGCAAACAAACUAUGGAGGGAAAUAAGCGGUUACAGUUUACACUUUUUUUGUUAUUUAAUGAUUUUUAAAAAUUGUAAAGGGGCAUUUUUCCCAAGUAUCGGGGUAACAUUUUUUGUUGAGCAAGAGUAGUGGCAGCCAGGGAAAAUGUAAAAAAAAAAAAUUGGUGACAGUGAUUUAUAGGGAGCUCUCCUAUACACUGUGCAGGAAAGUUUAGUUGAUUGUUUUAAGCCAAAUUCAAUUUCAGGGAAAUGAGAGAGUCGUGAUGUAUUUCUGGGAAGCAUCAUGAAAAGGAGACGUUGUUUAAAUAAAUUCACAUUGACCAGAAGCAGAUUGACAAAAUAGGAUGAACUCUUUAGUCAUGUAACCAAAUAUCAGUAACUGUCAGGAGUUUGGCCUAGAUUCAAUCAGUUCAGUAACCCACGGAGGUGUAACUGCGUUGGAGCUGUCAUAUCAGCAAGCGGCUCCCAUCGUUAUACCUAUCGCAGACAUUGCCACCAAGUCUCAUUAGUAGAAAUUCCAUGCAGCCUUGUUACAAGUUUAAACACUGGAAUGUGUGUUGUAAUCUACAACUCGAUUAGGCUAAUGAUUUGAGUGUCAUUAUUUCCAUAUAGCCUACACUUUCUCGUUCUGAGCUUUGAACGCGUGUUGGAUGGGUGUGGCGUCGUGACAAUGACCACAAGAGCAGCCGCUCACCAAUUUGACAGCGCCAUUGCAGUUAACUUACACCUCCGACAUCGACUUAACAAUGAUCUGCUGGGGGCAAUGGAAAUAGUCUGGGUAGCCAUGAUUAGCUGUUCAGGAGUCUUAUGGCUUGGGGGUAGAAGCUGUUAAGAAGCCUUUUGGACCUAGACUUGGCGCUCCGGUUCCGCUUGCCGUGCGGUAGCAGAGAGACUAGUCUAUGACUAGGGUGGCUGGAGUCUUUGACAAUUUUUAGGGCCUUCCUCUGACACCGCCUGGUAUAGAGGUCCUGGAUGGCAGGAAGCUUGGCCCCAGUGAUGUACUGGGCCGUAUGCACUACCCUCUGUAGCGCCUUGCGGUCGGAGGCUGAGCAGUUGCCAUACCAGGCGGUGAUGCAACCAGUCAGGAUGCUCUUGAUGAAUCUGAUUGAAUCGAGGCCUUUGUGUGCAUAUACUGUAUCUGUCUGUGUGCAUUGUCAUUGUGUGUUUGCCUGCUUGUGACAUGCUAUGAUUGGAAUCCAGACUUUAAAUCCUGCCUGCCUCUCAUCAGUUCUCAGCUGCUGUCUCAGUCUUAAAAUGCCAUUUAGGGCUCUACAGCUAUAGACAUUCUAUCAAGAAUAGAAAUUACUCCGAAUAUAUUUUCAUUCAUUGUAGAUGAGUGAAGCCUUUACAAUGUUUUGUGCAACACUCACAAAAAGCAGUAGAUGUUCGCUGUCACUGUCUGUGCAAUUCAAUAACAGUGGAAAUGCAAAUUGACAACAGUUACUGCAGCACUGACACUGUUCUUGUUUUGUUUUCUGCAGGUCCUACAGGAGAUGACAUUCCUCAUGGCACUUCAUCUGAUUGGUCUUUCUGUGAUGCUGUGGUCCAGCAGUCCCAGUCUGGCCACACCCCUCCCUUUCAACAUUUCCUUGGAGGGCAGUGCAGAGGGGGAGGAGCUGGGAAGCCUCAUCCCCACCCCUUCCCCACCUGCCACCAGUGGCCCCGCAUCAGAGUCCCCAACCACCUCAGAUGGGUCCACCCACGUAGAGCCCUUCCUGCUCAGCCUGAUGGUUCACUUCCUGCAGGAGAACAUGCUCCUCAUCCUUGUUGCCUCCAUCCUCUUCAUCACCAUCUUCCUCAUCCUCUGCUGUGCUUGCAUCAUGAGCCGCAAACGGAAGGUCAAUGCCUACUACCCCUCGUCCUUCCCCUCUAAGAUGUACGUGGACCAGAGGGACAAGACCGGAGGUACCAAGCUCUUCAACGAGGUGCCAGAGAAACCCUCCAAUGGGCAGCAGGCUGAACCAAUGGAUUCCAGCAAGCAGCUCCAACAAGACAUCAUGAGGGCAGCCAAGAACCUCCGCACUCCCUCCAAACCUCCCCUGGGCGAGCGAGAGGGAAACAACCCAACACAGAUAGCUGCAGCUGCAGAGAAAAGUCCUGAGGUGAAUGUUCAGGCUGAGGGAGAAAUCAUAGAGAAAGACAACGAGCCAUCGAUUCCACCUGAGCAGAGCGAGGAGGAGGUAUGCCAGCUCUCAGACAGUGAGGCCCAACACUACAGCUGCCCCAAGCAGCCAGAGAUCCUUCCAGGACAUAUAGGCCAAACAGAGGAUGAUGAGUCACUCACAAGAGCUGCGCUUCCAUCUGGCCCAGGGCACUCACAGGCCCAGCAGGAAGGGGAUAGUCAGGAGGACUCCACUGUCACGCAGUCUAUUCCGUUGAUCACUGGGGAGAAAACAGCAUUUUAACUAUGCUGGACAGUGGACCAGUGGAAGAAGUUAUAGCAAGACAGGCUCAUUGUUAUGGCUGGAAUGGAAUCAAUGGAACGGAGUCAAACAUGUGGUUUCCAUAUGUUUGAUCUCGUUCCAUUUAUUCCAUUCCAGCCAUUACAAAGAGCCCAUCCUCCUAUAGCUCCUCCCACCAGCCUCCACUGCAGUGGACAUUAUGUUUGAGCUCAAUGGUUUGGAUGCUUUUGCAUGAGUGACAAUCUUUAAAGCAAAGCUGUCAGCUUUACAUCCCGCUCUUUGGAUUUACCAAAUGAUGUCUAUUCAGUUGUAUGUAAUCAUAUACUUUAA